UGGGCCUCCUGACGCCGCCUCUUCACAGGGUGCAGCAGCGGGACUGUGGACACCAACUGUCGGUUAGGUUAGCUGGCUGUAAACAAAUCUGUACACCUCCGAGAUGUACGCCAUAGAAACGCUUUGUGAGACGCUGUUUGCUGCGCUGUAAUCACAGCCGUUAGCACACAAUGUAGAAAAUAUGACGCUUUUAUGCCCGGGGGCGGUGUAACUUUUAUGGACAGCUGGAUUUUUUUUCUGCUGCUGUUGUUGUUGUUAAACUAAUGCCAUCAUUUAACCGAUGGGAUGCCACACAUUUAAUCGGUGACGUCUGCCAAAAUCUGUUGCUAACUAACGGGAAGUAAGCUGGAUAAUUGGUGCUUUAGCUGCAUCGAGGAGCUCGGUUAGCUUUAAAAAUAUUGAACAUGGCAUCUGCUGCUGCGGAGCACGACCUGGCUCUGUCUGAGGCGGACAGCAGUAAAGAGAAAGGCCAGGUGUUCGGCAUUCUGAGGCUCCAGGAGGAGAAAUCAAGUGCAGGGGAGAAGACGAGCAGCACUGUUAGAGGAGGAGGAGGAGGUGUUGGAGACGGGCGAUGGCAGGCUCCUAUCUUCGCUUUAGCAAGGAAAGCAUCAGAGACCAUUUCAGGAAGCAUUCACGUCCAUCCCAAAGUGUCGGAACAAAGGAAUUCUCUUCCCGGGGACUGGACUGUCCAAGCUAUGCGCGACCCCAUGGCCAUGGAGCGAGCCAACCUACUGAACAUGGCAAAACUUAGCAUCAAAGGCCUGAUUGAGUCGGCACUGAGCUUCGGUCGGACGCUGGACUCAGACUACCCGCCUCUCCAACAGUUCUUUGUGGUUAUGGAGCACUGUCUGAAACACGGCCUCAGAGUAAAGAAGUCCUUCCUGGGCUUCAACAAGUCUCUGUGGGGCCCUCUAGAGCUGGUAGAGAAGCUGUGUCCAGAAGCGUCAGAGAUCUCUGCCUCUGUACGGGACCUUCCCGGCCUCAAGACGCCUCUGGGCAGAGCCAGGGCAUGGAUUCGUCUGGCUCUCAUGCAGAAACGGCUGGCCGACUACCUGCGACUUCUCAUCACUCGAAAAGACCUCCUCAGUGAUUUCUAUGAGGAUUCAGCACUGAUGCUGGAGGAGGAAGGGGCAGUGAUUGUGGGCCUGCUGGUGGGCCUGAACGUCAUCGACGCUAACCUCUGUGUCAAAGGGGAAGACUUGGACUCUCAGGUCGGAGUGAUUGACUUCUCCAUGUAUUUGAAAAAUGACAUGGACGAUUACAGAAGCGAGGAGAGGAAUAGCCAGAUCUCAUCCAUCUUGGACCAGAAGAAUUAUGUAGAAGAGCUGAACCGGCAACUCAACUCCACGGUUCAUGGCCUUCAGAGCAGAGUCGAUUCACUUGAAAAGUCCAACUCCAAACUCAUUGAAGAGCUAGCUAUAGCCAAAAACAACAUCAUCAAGCUGCAGGAAGAAAACCAGCAGCUCAGAGGUGAAAACAACCUGAUUCUGAUGAAGGCACAACAACAUUUGGAGGUGACUCAAGGCGACGCAUCAGUGGAGCGGGACACCUACAAACAGUCCCGUCAGGGUUUGGAUGAGAUGUACAAUGAAGCCAGGAGGCAGCUGAAAGAGGAGUGCCAGCUCAGACAGGAUGUGGAGAACGAGCUGGUUGCACAGGUGUCUAUGAAACAGGAAAUGGAGCUGGCCAUGAAGCUUCUGGAGAAAGACAUCCAUGAGAAACAGGACACUCUGAUCGGACUGAGGCAUCAACUGGAUGAAGUAAAGGCCAUCAAUGUAGAAAUGUACCAGAAGAUGCAGUCGUCCGACGAAGAGAUGAAGAAGAAGAAUGACGUGAUCAGCCGCCUGGAGGAGAAGACCAAUCAAAUCAAUGCCACUAUGAAGCAACUCGAACAAAGAUUACAGGAGGCAGAGAGGCACCGCAGCUCCGCCGAGGAGGGGUCCAGGCGCUUCAAGCUGGACUUUGCCAACAAGGCCGACAUCCUGCAGCGGCAGAUCGAUCAAAGAGAGAAGCAGCUGCAGCAGCUGGAGACAGACCUGAAGAUCGAGAGGGAGUGGAGACACAUGUUACAGAAUGAUCUGGAAAGAGAGAGAGACAUGGUGUCUCAGCUCAGCACAGAGGCCUUACAGAUCAACGGACUGAAGAAGGAGUUUCAUCGCCUUCAGGAUGAAAACAUUCAGCUGAAGACGAUCUGUGAAGACCAAGAAAGGGCCCUGGAGGAACUUGGGUCCAAACUUAGCGAAUCUAAACUGAAGAUUGAGGACAUCAAAGAAGCCAACAAGGCCCUGCAGGGGGGGCAGGUAUGGUUGAAGGAUAAAGACGCCACUCACUGCAAGCUGUGUGAGAAGGAGUUUUCCAUUUCAAGACGAAAGCACCACUGCAGGAACUGCGGGGAGAUUUUCUGCAACAGCUGCUCUGACAACGAGCUUCCUCUGCCUGCAUCUCCCAAACCAGUCAGAGUCUGCGACACGUGCCACGCCCUCCUCCUCCAGAGAUGUUCCUCCAACGCAACAUGAGACAAACCUCCGCCACAGCUGCCACAUCCUGUUGGACUUACAACUAUCUACUCUCAAGGCUUUCAUCAGACCCAUGUGUCCUCUAUGGAUUGCUGUUAAGGGUGGACCACAUCAACAGAUCCUGGUUUUAUGUAGUCUUCUUUUUUCUUUGUACAUUUCACAGGCUAUUUUGGCACAUUCUGCAUGUUCCUUUCACAUCGUCUGGUGCAGUUUCUUGUAAAGAGGAAGCAGUGACUGUGCUCUUUUUGGCUAUAUUAUUCUUGCCUUGUUCUAAGUUAAAAACAACUUUUAUGUGUAGCAAAGAAAAUCAGUCAUAUGGGGACAAAAGUUGUACAUUAUUUAAAAGACUCCAAAAGAAAAAAACAGGAUGUAAUUCAUCGGUAUGAACAGCAGGUCUGCUGUUCAUGUUUUUUUCUGUGGAUCAGUGAGUUUGAACAUAAAGCUACUUCAUAAAGAACUGAAAGUGAAAUUGCACUGACUGGUUCUGCUAAGUGGUUUUCAGAACCAAACCCACUACUCCACCGUUACACUGCACGUGACAAACCCGAAACCCAAUCUAUUGAGAUUAUAUAUCUAUAACAGUCUGAAGGACAUGUGCCUUUUUGCUGUUGUUCUGCCACAAAGUCUGACUUUGGAAGGCCUUCUCUGUGUGAUGAGAACAAGCUGUCUUACAGCAACGUUUACGGGAAUUCUCAACGCUAAGCCUAACUGGCAGGUUGAAUGCAAAUAAAGACUACAGAUACUUUUUGCAAGGAUUAUUUGGCUGCAAACACAGAUCUUCUGGAUUUUGUUUGAUCAAAGUUUAAGAAGGUAAUCUUGAUCAGGUUGAAAUAAAUGUAUAGCAGAGCUGCUGCGUAAAAACUAGUGUCAGUUAGGACACUAGACGAGACUAAUUCAACAGUGCCAUUUGAGCCAAUGUAAAUACAGUUUAUGCCACUCAUCUCUGUUUCCAAUGUUGCUGAAAAACAUUCCUAUCUGUUGCAAAGAUAUUUCUGUUAGAAAAAGUGAUGUUUUAUGAUAUUUCACAGUAGCAACACUAGCCAGUCUGUUGAGAUUGAAGCUGCACUUAUACAGUGGUUUGUGUUGAUGAACCACUAACUGCACACACAGGUAUUUGCCAAUCAUAGAGUUUAUAAAUCAUAGACAUUUUGUAUUUAUGUUUGAUUUUUGUGAAUUCUGCACAUUGAUUUGUCCAAACAAUCCCUGUUAAUUUGAAGUCAGCUGCUAAGGACAUUUCAGCACUGCUCCAUGGUUUACAAGGAAAGUUUAAAACCCCUAAUUUUUUAUAAAUAUAUUUUUUUUUUUGAGUUGUGUAUUACAGUAUGGAAGCCAAUAGAGGCUGCCUUCUGCAAUAGAGAUUUCUUUUAUUUAUCUCAGGAUAACUUCAGAUUGUCUUGGGGGGGCUUUUGUUUUGGAGU